AUUAUUAUUAUUAUUAUUAUUAUUAUUAUCUCGCGGACUUGCAAAUACCAACUCAAAAGAAAAAGAAAAGACAAACACAAUCUUUACAAACCGUCUGAUUAACAUCAGAAGAUGAAUGAUUUCAAAUUCAACGGUGAUCCUCAUUCCUCUCUCCUCACAUAAGCCGCGGAUAGAGAGAAAGAAGCACCUUUCCAGGAUAUGAUCCUUCCCUUCUCUUCUUUUUGAAUCCAUUUUUUCCUCAUUCUAUCCUCCAUUUUCUUUCAGAUUCUUUUGAUUUCUUCUUUCUCUGCAAAGAAGAAACAAGAGAAAGUGAAAGGAAAUAACCCAACAGGAAACAGAAAAGUAAUGGACCCGUAAAAUCGGUUUAAGGGUUGGAUUAUUGGAAGCGACCAUCUCAGAUUUUCGUCAAAGAUCGCAACUUUUCUCUGUCAGAAUCAGGUAUCUACGCGAAUUAUUCAAUUCUAGGAAUUAGGUUUGUCGAGAUUAUUGAAAAAGAUUGGAUUUUGGCAAGAAGGCUUCGCAUUAAGAAUCUGCACCUCCGGUUUGUGUCGAAGAUCGAACUUUGAAGGUGGGAUUCCCGUGAACGAUUGAAUUUUCGGAAGUGGGAUCUUGGGGAUCACGAUUGAUUGAAUUAAGAAAUUAGGGCAUCCCGUUUUUCUGACACUUGUAGAAGUGGCCUUCUUGUGAUUUGGGGGAAGCAAAGAAAAGGGCUGGAGGAGAGAGAUAGAGGAAGAAACCGGGUUCUAAAAAGUGCGAAUUACUCCAAAAUGGCUGCAAUGGAAAUGGACAACGUGGAGUGUGUUUCUUCAAUAGAUGGAAAUGAAGAUGAAGAGAUGCAGUUAGCAAUUUCUCACAGCAAUCAACAUGCCCAUCCCCAUCAGUAUUCUUCCAAGCCUCACGGCGUGGUUGCCGUUGGACUGGCUCCUACCAGCGUCCAUGAAUUGCUCGAGUGCCCCGUUUGUACUAAUUCUAUGUACCCACCCAUCCAUCAGUGUCACAAUGGGCACACACUCUGUUCCACUUGCAAGUCAAGGGUGCAUAAUCGUUGCCCUACUUGCAGACAAGAGCUCGGAGAUAUCAGGUGUUUAGCACUAGAGAAGGUUGCAGAGUCACUAGAGCUGCCCUGCAAGUUCUUCUCUCUGGGAUGCGCAGAAAUAUUUCCGUAUUACAGCAAACUUAAGCACGAAACAGUUUGCAACUUCAGACCAUAUAAUUGUCCGUAUGCUGGAUCAGAGUGCUCGGUCACAGGAGACAUUCCUUACCUGGUUGCGCAUUUGAGAGACGACCACAAAGUGGACAUGCACACGGGAUGUACCUUCAAUCACCGCUAUGUUAAGUCAAAUCCCCGUGAAGUAGAAAAUGCAACAUGGAUGUUAACGGUAUUCAAUUGUUUUGGGCAAUAUUUCUGCCUCCACUUUGAAGCGUUCCAGCUGGGAAUGGCGCCUGUGUAUAUGGCAUUUCUGCGUUUCAUGGGUGAUGAAAUAGAAGCGCGCAACUACAGCUAUAGUUUAGAGGUAGGAGCAAACGGGAGGAAGCUGACAUGGGAGGGGACACCACGCAGCAUUCGUGAUAGCCACCGCAAGGUGAGGGAUAGUCACGAUGGUCUGAUUAUCCAACGGAACAUGGCGCUGUUUUUCUCCGGAGGAGACAGGAAGGAGCUUAAGCUUAGAGUUACUGGAAGGAUCUGGAAGGAACAACAGAACCAGGAUGCUGGCCUCUGCACACCAAAUCUUUCAACUUAACCAUUUUCCAUUUUUUCUUCUUUCGAUUUUGUUUCCUUGCGUGCUUCUAUGUAUCAUAUUAACGUCUCCACAUUGUGCUUGCUUGCUAAUCUGUAACACUGCCAAAAAUUGGAUUGUCAAAUCACUCUCAACAUCUUCAUAUUUCACACUCUCUAAA